AUGGAGAUUCUCCCCCGGGCGCUCUCCUGCGCUGUUCUGCUCCUCCUGCUCGUUGCCGUGCUGAGCAGAGGGAAGAGGUGCAGCAUCGCCAAAAUCCUCCGGCAGUACCGUGCCGUCAUCUUCCACGAGAUCCAGAACCUGAAAAACCUGAGUGGGUUGGAGGACAGGAGUGGAAGGGCCGGGCCGGCUUGUCGUUCGGACAAGGACCAGAAGAUCCUGCUCUCCAUCUACAACAUCAGCAUGUCCCUGCGGGAGGUGGCGGCCGGCACCCUGCGUGGCCCCGAGGAGCUGGCGGUGUGGAAGGUGGCCAGAAACACCGACUUCGUGCUCAGGGAGAACUGCAGGAAAAUCAGCAAGAGCCCGCUGCACAUCCCGGCACAGCCCCGGCGCGGGGGACCCGGCCGCAGGAGGAAGAAGCUGCGGGAGAUCGGGAGGAAGGCGGAGAGGCUGGCGACCUGCUGGGAGAAGCUCUACGCCCUGCAUGCUCCCCGCCGUGCCCCGCGGGACUCAUAG